UUCCAAAUCCAGGUUUAUUUAUAAGGCACUAGCACUACACACCAAAGUGAGAAUUUGGAACAUCAAAUACAAUUUGAGAUUUGUUGCAAGAGAGAGAAAGAGAAAGAGAAAGAGAGAGAGAUGGGAAGAGCUCCAUGUUGUGACAAAACAAGUGUCAAGAGAGGUCCAUGGUCACCAGAAGAAGACUCAAAGCUUAAAGAGUAUAUAGAGAAACAUGGCACUGGUGGGAAUUGGAUUUCUCUUCCUAAUAAAGCUGGUCUCAAAAGAUGUGGAAAAAGUUGUAGAUUGAGAUGGCUUAACUAUCUUAGGCCAAACAUUAAGCAUGGAGAUUUUUCUGAUGAGGAAGAUAGAAUAAUUUGCAGCCUCUAUGUUAAUAUUGGAAGCAGGUGGUCAGUUAUAGCUGCUCAAUUGCCAGGUAGGACCGACAAUGAUAUCAAGAACUAUUGGAACACAAAGUUGAAGAAAAAACUCAUGGGUUUGCAACUUCCUAUAUCACAUCAAAGAAAAUCACCAUUUCCACCUCCUAAUUCUUCUCAUUUAUUUUCAUUAGACUACUUUAGUCACACUCCAAUACCCUUCACAAAUCUUGAACCAAUUUCACUUCCUUCAAAUAAUAAUAAUAACUAUGCAAACACAAGUUUCACUCCUUUUUACCAAAACCAAGAGUACUCAAUGAUUAGUGUUAAUAAUCCAAUGCAAUAUAAUUACCCUAUCAAAGACAACAUGUUUAUGUUUGGAAGUGAAGGAAGUUGUAGUUCAUCCGAUGGAAGUUGCACUCUUAGCCAUGGCAAGGAAAUCAAGCAAGAAGAAAAUAUUGGUUAUCAUCACAUGUCUAGUAAUGGAUUUGAUGAUUACAACAAUAACUUUAUGAUUAGUUGUAAUAAUGGUGGUGAAAAUAUUAACCAAUAUGAAGAAAAAUCAAGUGGAGUUGGAUACACUAAUGGUCAAAGUCAAACAUUAACUCCUUUACUAGAUUAUGGUCUUGAAGAUAUUAAGCAAUUGAUUUGUAGCAACAACAAAGGUUUCAAUGUUGAUGAAAUUCAUAAGAUAGAAGAGAAUGGUAUGUAUUACUACCACUACUGAUUUCAAAUGAUGCAACUCACUAGAAGUGAAAUCAGAGAGAGACUUUGAGAGAUUUAUUCAUAAAGAAAGACUUUGAGAGAUUUUUGGGUUUUUAUUAAUUUGAUGAAACAUUUCUUAUGGUAAAGUUUCAUUAAUUUAUAUUUUGUGUAUAUCUUAUUGGUAGUGAUUAUAAAUGAUGAUGUUAGAUUUUUUGUAAGUA